AUGGCGACCAAAAGAACGAAGGCACAAGUAAGCAGCACCCCCUCCUCUCACCCCUUACCCUCCAAAACGUCCCUGAGGAGAUUCUUCACGGAGAAACAGGAGACGGACAUGCGGUCCAAAAUGGCCGCGGCAGAGAAAUCACCCGCGAGCAGCGCUCCAGCCAGCCCUGCUCCUUCAGAAAGCUCCACAGAGGGGACAGAUAUCAAAUCUAUCCUGACCCAGCUGCCCUCUAAAUUGGACCUAGAAGCCAUGUUUUCCAAAAUGGAAAGAAGUUUUGGGGACAAGCUGCAAUCUUUACAUGAGGAGGUAAGCCACAUUGGCAAUAGAGUACAACUAUUGGAGGAGGGGGGAGAAACUAUAGCCCUGCAAAUACAUAAUAUGCAAACCCUCCAGCAAACCCAGAAUGAAGCCUUAAUAUUCCUGCAAAGGAAAAUAGAGGACCUGGACAAUAGGGGAAGGCGCAAUAACCUUAGAAUAAGAGGCAUCCCUGAAGCCCCUGAGGGGACAAAUGAAAACAUAACACAAACCCUCACAAAUCUCUUUAAUCAGCACCUGGGCAGACCGGUGGACACCCCCAUUAAGCUGGACCGCGCUCACAGAGCAAUCCGGCCGAAAGUACUGGCGAAUGAGACACCAAGGGACAUCAUUUGCAGAAUUCACCAUUUUCCCAUUAAAGAGAUGAUUCUUCAAAAGGCCAAGCAAAUCAGAGAUAUUACUUUCUCUGACCGCAAAGUGCAGAUAUUCCAGGAUUUGGCGCAAUCCACGCUGAUAGCAAGAAGAGCGCUGCGCCCGAUAACAAAAGCACUCUCGGACCGCAACAUACGUUUCCACUGGGCAUACCCUUUUUCCCUAGUGGUGAACCGCCCAAGGGAAGACGCACUCGAUAUCAACUCCGGCGGAUGUCUUGACGUUCCAACAAGCUCUGGGCAUACCUACCGAUGUGGUGGAAGACUGGACUGGCCUAUACAUGGAACAGGACAGGCAAUUGUCCUAGAAGGCCAAAUGGCAGCGCAGCCCCAGGAAACGAGGGAGGCGGGUUCCCUCAGGAAACGAACUGCCCACGACACCAAAAGGAAAUGCCACGAGACCGACCUAAUAGACUUGCUAUAUCCUUUUACUCUGCUAAAAAUGCCUAAGACACAGAGGCGUCUGCCUCAAUCAACACCUAGUUAA